UGUCCUUCACAGCGGAGCCAAAUGAGGAAACGUGUCCUCCAUUUUUCUUCCCUUUGAAUUUCAUCUUUUCCUCUCUUGAUAUCUCUCUCGAUUUUCCGAGAAAAUUAAAAAAGAGUAGCUCGCAAUUUUCGUUAACCGGAUUGAAAGAAUCAUAGAGGAUGGCUUGUAGAGGGUGCUUGGAGUGCCUUUUGAAGCUCCUGAACUUUUUGCUGACCCUUGUGGGUUUAGCCAUGGUUGGUUAUGGAAUCUACUUAUUUGUUGAGUUCAAGAGAGCCAGUGAUGAUGCUGGUGGAGUUUCGCCCGUGAGCUAUGAUCAGGAUUUGGUGCAGCUUGGUCGACCCAUGCUUAUGGCUGUGUCUUUGUCAGCUAAUAUUUUUGACAGCUUGCCUAAAGCCUGGUUCGUAUACUUAUUCAUUGGUGUCGGGGUGGUUCUCUUUGUCAUCUCUUGUUUUGGUUGUAUUGGAGCUGUAACACGAAAUGGAUGCUGCUUGACAUGUUAUUCGGUAUUGGUCAUAUUAUUAAUAUUGGUGGAGGUCGGAUGUGCAGCUUUUAUUUUCUUUGACAAGAGCUGGAAAGAAGAUCUUCCAAUAGAUAAAACUGGAGAUUUUGACAUGACAUAUCAUUUCCUGAGAGAAAACUGGAAAAUUGUGAAGUGGGUUGCUCUUGGUGUUGUAAUUUUGGAGGCUUUGAUUUUCUUCUUAGCCCUUAUGGUAAGGGCAGCAAAUAGGCCAGCAGAGUACGACAGUGAUGAUGAACUCAUUGCCCCGAGACAACAAAUCCGGCAACCCUUGAUCAACCGGUCAGCAGCUCCUGCUAAUGGUGUACCUGUUGCUGGAACUCUUGACCAGCGUCCAAGCAGAAAUGAUGCUUGGAGUGCACGGAUGAGGGAAAAGUACGGGCUUGAUACUUCGGAGUUCACAUACAACCCAUCAGAGCCGCACAGGUUCCAGCAAGUGGCAACACAGCCAGCAGAGGAAAGGAGCCGUUGCAGCAUCAUGUGACAAUGUUUCUCAUAAUGUUGAGGUUGUGUACAAAACACAUUUUUCAGGAGCUUUACUUCUUUUUCUCUCCAUACCUGGUGGAUUUUCUAGUGAGCUUAAGCUUACAUUUUUUGACAAGUUUGUGAAGAAGCUACUUCAUCCUUAUCCUUA